UUCUCUCUACAUCUCCUCUGCCACCUCCCUCCUCUUUCUCGCUCUCUCUCUCUUUCUCCACUCCCUCCCUCUUUCCUCCUCUUCCUCCUCCCAGCCACCUCUUCCUCUCCUCGCCGUGCCGCAUCAGACAUGGAGCAGGCCCGCCCACAGACCAGCGGGGAGGAGGAGCUACAACUGCAGCUGGCUCUGGCCAUGAGCCGAGAGGAGAGUGAAAAGCCUGCUCCCCCGGUGGAUACUGAUGAACAGACUCAGCUCCAGAUUGCCCUGAGCCUCAGCAAGGAGGACGCUCAGAAGCCGGCCUCGCCUCCUCCGGUUGCCUUGGAUAUGGAUGAAGAGAGACAGCUCCAGAUCGCCCUGAGCCUGAGCAAAGAGGAGCACCAGCAGGAGCAACGGAGUCGCCAAGGAGACGAGUCGUUGCUCCAAAAAGCUCUGGAGGAGAGUAAACGAGAGGCGGCGUCUGGUGGAAUUGGGGUAGGAACAGUUACCACACUAUGUAACCUACAGUAUAUAACAGUUACCACACCACUCUAUAUAACCUACAGUAUAUAA